UUUGGAUGGAUGGAGGUUGGAUGAAGCAUAAAGGACGCGGUUUGGAUGGAUGGAGGUUGGAUGAAGCAUAAAGGAUGCGGUUUGGAUGGAUGGAGGUUGGAUGAAGCAUAAAGGACGCGGUUUGGAUGGAUGGAGGUUGGAUGAAGCAUAAAGGACGUGUUUGGAUGGAUGGAGGUUGGAUGAAGCAUAAAGGACGUGUUUGGAUGGAUGGAGGUUGGAUGAAGCACGGUGACGCGGCGUCUCCUCCCUGUCCUCUGCAGCUCCUGCUUUUCAGAGACACUUUUGCUUCGGCGUUCGUGAAGAACCUGCUGGUGGUUCUGGUCUGGCUCUUCCUCACCUACAUCAACCUGACUCUGGUGGCGACAUUCUUCAGACAUCAGACGUUCUACGAAGACCCUCGGUACAUCCUCUUCACCCACAUGGUGAUCAAUGACGGCAUCCAGCUCACCGUCACCGUCUCCCUCUUCAUUCUCAGCUACGCCGUCUAUAAGAUCAACGUGUCCCUCUGCUGUGUCUUCAUCCUGGUGGCGGUCUUCACCACCAGGAACACGCCCAUAAACCUGGCCAGCAUGGCCAUCGAGCGCUACGUGGCCGUCUGUGAGCCUCUGCGCUACGCAGAAGUCUGCACGGUGAGGAGGACGUACCUGGCCAUCGGGCUGAUGUGGUUCCUGUGUGCGGCUCCGGACGUCACCGACCUGUUUGUGACUCUGGCCACCGAACCGCUCAGCUUCUUUCACGACUCGGUGUUCUGCUUACGGCCAAACGUCUUCAAAGACCCCAUCCUGGCCUCCAAGCGGCAAGCUUUCGACAUCAUCUACUUCUGCUGCGUGUUCCUGACGCUGCUCUUCACCUACCUGAAGGUCCUGUGCGCUGCCAGAGCCGUGUCCGCCCACAGGGCGUCGGCUCAGAAGGCCACCAACACCAUCCUCCUCCACGGAGCUCAGCUGGCCAUGUGCCUGCUGUCCUACGUCUCCCCGAGUGUGGAGGUGCUUCUGCACGCCAUCUUCCCGGGUCGCGUUCUAGAAAUCCGAUAUGCAAACUACCUGAUAGUCUACAUCCUGCCUCGGUUCCUGAGCCCCAUCAUUUAUGGAGUGAGGGACGUGAAGUUCAGGAGAUCCCUGCGGAUGUACCUCGUCUGCUACAGGUGCGGGGGGGCUGACAACAACUCAUGA